AGAGAUCAGGCUAUGGCUGGAUUGUAUAACAAAGUAUGUGACUCCGACGUUUAAUGCGUGGUGGGCAAGUAUUCUGGUACUCCAAGAGCAAGAGUACUGAAUAGUCUCACUUUAUAUUUGCAGGACCAGAAUCUUAGUUGGAAUAGGAAUAUAAUUAUUAGGAAAUAAAUUUUUAGGAAUUUUCUUGGGUAGGAAUAGGAUAACGAUUAUCAUGAAUCAAAUUUCUGGGAAAUUUUAUGUUGAAAACAACUAGCAUCGAACCCGUGCUAUGCACGAAAAUUGUCACACACAUAACAAUAUUAAAUUUCAUAGAAUUCGCCCCCUUGUUUUUGUAUUCGGAACUUGUCCUACCGGAUCUAGGGGAAGACGAGGAUAUGAAUGAAAGAAUCCGGAUUUCGGAUACCUCAAGAAAUUCCUACUCAGAGCUGGAUAAGAAGGAAGCUGGAUGGUCCCCAAAAUCGCUAUGGAAUCAAACCUGGGAGACACUGGGAUGGAGUUGCAACGGAUAUGAAGCAAACGUAUUCAAGGGAGAACUUAUCUGCUGAAGAAAGGGGUUACAGACGUCGAAGAAUGCCAAUAUCAGCGCUAGAAGUUGAACUGGUCUUCAACACGGUUACAAAGCUACUUCAAUUCAUACAGUGCAUAGUUUCUUGGUCACCUGAUUUCUGCAUCUUUCGUUCCACAUCUGCUUGAUGAAGACCACCAUGUAAUUGUCGAUUGUGUGACCAAGCUAGUUUCCUGUUCACAGUUUUCAUUGUAAAAUUUUUCACCUCUGUCAACUACUUGGGCUACAUUGGGCCGCGGAAUUCAGGGGCCCAGAUUGAAAAUUUUA